UGUGCGGUUCUCUCUGUCAGCUCCAGCUCUCACAAAAUGACACACUGGAUGAACUGGCUUAUCCUCUCGCUCCUUGUAACGGCUGCAUGUGGCAAGAGCACGGGCCCAGGUGAGCAGCCUGAAGAAAGUGGAGAGCCUAAAAAGCUGGUCGAUCCUCAAUGGGGGCAACUGGCCAAUGCCUCCCUGGGCUUGCCCCUCCUUGCUGCCAACUUCCACAAGGAGAAUACGGUCACCAAUGUCUGGAUGGAGGAGGGCGAGGAGGAUGAGGACUACCUGGACCUGGAGAAGCUCCUGAGUGAAGAUGAUGACUACAUUGACAUCAUCGAUGCAGUCCCACCUGUGGACCCAGGGGCCAGUGCAGGCAACAUCCUUCAGCUCUUCCAUGGCAAGAGCCGCAUCCAGCGUCUCAACAUCCUCAACGCCAAGUUUGCCUUCAAUCUCUAUCGAACCCUGAAGGAGCAGGCCAGUACAUCUGAGAACAUCUUUGUGGCACCCGUUGGCAUCUCCACAGCCAUGAGCAUGAUCUCUUUGGGCCUCCAAGGGGAGGCUCACAAGCAAGUACACUCGGUCUUGCACUUUAAGGAUUUUAUCAAUGCCAGCAGCAAGUAUGAGCUGCUGACAGUGCACAAUCUCUUCCGAAAGCUCACACACCGCCUCUUCAGGAGGAACUUUGGGUACAUGUUGCGGGCAGUCAACGACCUUUAUGUCCAGGAGCAGUUCCCGAUCCAGCAGGACUUCAAAACCAAAGUGGAGGAGUAUUACUUUGCGCAGGCUCAGCCGGCUGACUUUGCAGACCCAGCUUUCAUCACAAAAACCAACCAUCAUAUCCUAAAGCUCACCAAGGGCCUCAUCAAAGAUGCUCUAGAGAAUGUAGACCCAGCAACACAAAUGAUGAUUCUAAACUGCAUCUACUUUAAAGGCUCGUGGGUGAAGAAGUUCCCUGUGGAAAUGACGCACAACCACAACUUCAGGCUGAACGAGCGCGAGGUAGUUAAGGUGCCCAUGAUGCAGACCAAGGGGCCCUUCCUGGCAGCAAGUGACCAGGACCUGGACUGUGAGGUCCUCCAGUUGGAAUACGUGGGAGGGAUCAGCAUGCUCAUUGUGGUCCCCCAUAAGCUGUCUGGCAUGAAGACCCUCGAAGCACAGCUGGUGCCCCUGGUGGUGGAGCGGUGGCAGAAGAGCAUGACCAACAGAACAAGGGAGAUUCUUCUGCCAAAAUUCAAGCUGGAGAAGAAUUACAAUCUGGUGGAGACACUAAAGGCAAUGGGGAUCACAGAGCUGUUUGACAAACAUGGCAAUCUAUCAGGAAUCUCCCAGGAGAAGAUCACCAUCGAUCUAUUCAAACACCAAGGCACCAUCAUGGUGAACGAGGAGGGCACCCAGGCAGCCGCUGUGACCACAGUGGGCUUCAUGCCACUAUCUACCCAGGUCCGUUUCACCGUUGACCGCCCUUUCCUCUUCCUGAUUUAUGAGCAUCGUACUAGCUGUCUUCUCUUCAUGGGAAGAGUCAGCAACCCCCUCAAGUCCUAA